AUGUCUUCAUUCUUUAAUUCAAAUUAUUUUCAAGCUAUUCUUAAUUUAAUUGGAAAUGGAAAUUCAACACUUAGUACUCUUUGGGGUAUGUUCUGGCAGGCAUUUUAUGCAGUUGCUGGUUGUAUUAUUGGAGCAGUAGUUUUAGGAAACAUUGGUGCUCUAAUUGGUACUUUUAUUGGAGCUUGGUUAGGUUAUCGAGCUGUUAAUCCUUAUCAUUCAUUAAUGAGUCAAUUGAAUCAAUUAAAUGAUCAUCAAAAACAAAAUUUAACUGAUGAAAUUCGCCGUACUGUCGGUUCACCAACAGUUGAUAGUUUACUUCGAUAUGCUACGAAUAGCAAUGGUCGACAAUUCAUCUUUGAUUUAAUUCAACGUUAUUUAGAUAAUCAUCAAACACGUAAUCAAAAUGUUAAUCCUAGUUUCUUUUCUCGUAUAUUUUCCUAA